AUGCAUUUCUGUAUUUGCGUACGAAGUUCUUUUAGUCUGCUAAUGUUUCUGACUCUUAGCACCAAGACAACCCGUUGAUCAUGUAGUGGGUGUGGUCUCAUUCACUCCUGCCAGACAUUCUCCUGGCUCCAGAGUUAUCUUUGUGGGUAGUUCGAAAGAACAAUAUACUUUGAGCGCCGCUCUCUUGCUCGUAAGUUCAAGAGUGUUCAGCUUGAUGCUUUGACGUUGCUCCCGCGCAUGAUGUCAAUUUUGAUAAGGUGGAUACUUUAUAUCAAAAGUGUUAUAGAAUUGCCCUGACUUAGGCUCCCUAAGCCAAAUUCUAGGAUUGCUUGUGCUAAGGAAUCUUCUAUACAAUUGUUCCCGCCGCAUGUUCAUGAGGCGUGAUCGUGCUUCUGCAUUGAAAGUAUUCUUGGAGAUUAGAAAAUUAGAAGAUUGUGAGUGGAACAUUCUCCCAUACUUUGCGUGAGCCAAUCAACACACGAAGGCUCUUCAUUAUUGGCUGAAAUAACCAGAGACGGAUGAGCGCUCAAGGCGGCCCUCAACGACUGUAGGAUAAGCGAGUGACAGUUUGGGAAAGAAAAGAAAGUCCACGCCAGCAUCCAUCAAAUUGCCUUAUGAUGAACGAGGCUUGAUGCCGAAACAGGAACAUGCAAAUUUGCAGCAUAGGGAUGGAAAUGCACGUCUUCUUCUCGCCCUGGCUAACAAACCCAAAUAAAAGCAAGAAAGCAAAUAUGGGGAAAGUUACUGCUCUUGGCGGUGAAUAAUAAUGUCCGAGUGCGGAGAGUGACAGUUCAUCCUCAACUCUUUUUGAACUUUUCCCCCUUCCGCUUGGUGGGGAAGCGUGGUUCGCUCGGCUGGGGUUGUGAAGGAGAGGUGAGGAGAGGAGAGGAGCCAUCGGAGCGUUUGCCUGGGGCAUUGCCGUCUUGGGGUAUAAGUAUCUGGAGUUGUUGUCUCUUAAGGUAGGCUCGGGCGGCAGGCUCGCCUUCAAUACCGCAUUUACUCGAAAGACAGCAAUUGCUCUGCGCACUACUCAGUAAGUUAGCCUUCAGUGGCUGACUCUCUGUGUAUGGUUGGUUACCUUACCUUACCUUACCAUACCUUCCCUACCUUACCUGACCUUAACUUAACUUACUUUCCCUUUUGACACUGCUAUCAUCCAGUCCCUCGGAAGAGGACCAGGCCGCCCGUGUCAAAACACUCCACUCCAGACCGACAAGUGAUCCAAGCUCAACGGUGUGCGUGCCGUCGUGCCAGUCGAGGCCUGUAUGUUACCGGUUUUCUGCACACAACAUGGAUGUGCGGGGAUUUAUAAAAUGCCUGCAUCGCAUCGCAUGGCAUCACAUUCUCAGCAUCGUCAGUCGGACAAGCCGGGGGUGACAGUAGACUGCUAACAGGAUAGGAGGGCCGAGCAAGCAGGAGGAGCCAAGCGGCAUCUGUCAAGAUUCCCGCUUUCGUUUCUGUGUAUCUAAAUUACUACGGAAUAUCUACUUAGAAAACAUGCCUGCCAUGAGCCAUAUGCACGAGGCCAAGAGGGUUGGAGCGAGUUGGCGUGAACUCAGAAAGCAAUACAGUAAGACCAGAAUGCUUUGCAUCGUGGCUGGGAGAGAUCCAGGCGUGGCCCUGAGACAAGCAAUACAGUGCAGAACAGUACAGUGACUUUGUCAGGUGUGCAGGCGGCUUUCAUUCCCUUCCCUUAACUUAUUGGCGAGCCCACGUUAUCUUGGGCGAUGGAGGCUGCUGUGGGCGUUUGACCACGCGUGGAAUUGGUGGAUUUCCAUUGUCAAUCAAGUCGACCGACUCGACCCGCGUGCAGACAAGGAAGGGCAAGGACACGGCUCGCGAGGACUCUCUCGACACUGUACUGUACUGCAUUUUGCUGAUGGCCAUGAACCAGUCCAGUGAGUGAGAUCAAUCAAGGUUUCAUGCAUCGUGGACUGACGGCUGCCUGCUUGUCAGUCAGUCUGCCCUCUCCCUCUCCCUCUCCCUCUCCCUCUCCCUCUCUUCCCUUCUUUUCGUUCGCUGUCGUUGACUCGCAUGCUGUUUCGCUCGUCUCAUCCUGCUAUCCCUCCACCACUCGCCCCGGGCCAGCUAGUCAAUUACUCCACCUCCACGUCCACCGCCGGGCAAGCAACCCCCACAACUCACACCGUUCACAGGUUGCGCCCAUGCAUGUGCUCCUCUAUCCUCUAUCCUCUAUCCUCUAUCCUCCCUUGUCCAGUUUCUGUUCCCUCGUCCUCUGUUUCCACCAUUUUCACACUCCAAGACUGCGACGAGGAGAUAUUCUACCUACAGCAACUCUUUUGAUGUUGCUGGUGGGAUUCGUCUGAACAAGUCCAGACCACCAGAUAAGGCCAGGAUCUUGGACUUCAUCAUUGCCGCGGCGGCCCCGGCCCCAGCCCCACCCCGGCUGCGCCUACAUCAUCGACGGGAUCUCUCGCAAGGUCUGUUCGAUAAGGCUGCCGGGCUUGUUUUUCGCUGUGCUUGCCAACGCCAACGCCAACAACUCGACUCGCCCUCCCUUUCUGACAGCCUUCAGCCCAGAUCUCAACAACACCAGCUGGGAAGCGCUCGAGGCAUUGGGAGAUCAGCUCUGCGGAUGCUCAUCGGGAACCUGCAGCACACAGUACAAUCAAUACCUAUUGUCUGCGCAUCCACCAACUGAAAUUUCUCGAGUAUUGACAUUCAGCUCACCGCAUUCGGCCACCCAUAACCCGAACCCGGAAUUCGAAAUAUGCGGACGCUACGAAGCAAACAGCAAACAAGAACCUCAUAAUUCCUCUCUUCGUCGUUCCUUGCUGUCGGAUAUCCUGAAGCCAAUCUCGAAGGUCAAGCUAUCGCACAAUGGCGCCCCUCUCGUCAGGACUGUUGGCAGAUGUGAUGGUGAGGGCCAGCAUACAUCUCGAAUCGCGAGGAUUGGGCGGCAGCGAUGGCAACAAUACAAGUUCGGCACCUUCGUUAUCGGAUGAUCAGAAGAACACGCUGCAGAUUUUGGCUUUGACUUUCUCUGCGAUUAGUGUUGCUUCUUCCGUGUUGACCUUCUACUGGUUCUUGAAAAUGAGAAGGAGCUUCAGACACGACCUCAUCAUGUUAUUGAUUCAGAGCGACAUGUUCAAAGCCCUUUGGUUUAUGAUUUACCCUAUCGUCGUUUUCAUACACGGUCCAGUUCGAGAUACCUCGACUUUCUGUCAAGUAAAUGGCUUCAUGAUUGCUCUAGGAAUCGAAGCUUCCGGUAGGAUACAAGACUCUGUUACACAUUUGUCGUUCACGGCUAAUUGUUACACAGACUUUUCCGUUCUUAUGAUUGCGGUCCACAGCGCACUGUACAUAUUUCGACCGCGAUCCUCUCGCGGCGAAGGAGGUCUAUACCCAUACCGAAAGCUUGCAUACCUAUUGUGGAUCAUAUUUCCGUUUUUGAUGGCAAGUCUUGCCUUUAUAAAUGGUCGUCAUGCAUAUGUCUCGGAAGGAACAUAUUGUUACCUUCCUGUACGACCGUUCUGGUACCGGCUAGCCUUGGACUGGAUACCUCGAUAUGUGAUUUUCAUUUUUAUUCUAGUUAUAUAUGUGUCUAUAUAUUACUACGUGCGCUUCAAGUUUCAAGGUUUUAACAAGCUGGCGAAGCACAAUUCAGAAGGGAAUGAUGAGUCGAUAGGAUCAGCGGAACGACCAACAAAGAAACAGAAACGAAAACAGGGGCCUACUGUCCCAUCUACCCCAACACUGGCCUGCCACGGCUUGAUCCCGGAUUUCAGGCAGGAUACUAUGACAGAGCAAGCGGGUCGGAAGCCAUCCGUAUCAACAGUCGAUUCGCAUGAUCCAGGGCAACGGCCAGCACUAAGAACAACUGGUGCCCACCGUUUCAUGUGGCAGAGCUUUUCAGCACCUGAUAAUUCAUCUCCUACACCUCCCUCAGAAAGCUCAAUUGAAGAAGACUCCUUCGACGGUCCCUCAACACCUCAUCCUCUCCCACCUACAGUCCCAGCACCAAUCUCACCUCGAAGCGAGUCAAUGUCCGAACUGCCAUCACGAGCCUCAUCAUGGAGAGACGGCUUCGUCACUCGAUUCUCGCCCCAAAACACCAGCGGUGACACAACAACCAAGCACUCCGUCGUCGACAUCUUUACCGUCCUUCGCAAACAUCCCGACCAGUCUGACGCAUCAACACGCGUCUCCCGAAUCCAGCUAAUUAAUACCCAAGGCCAAACAAUGGCCGAUGCCGAAAUGGAUCGCACACGCGAGAAGAUCCGCCGCCAACUCCGCUUCCUCUUCAUCUACCCACUCGUCUAUAUCGGGAUGUGGAUCCUCCCCUUCGUCUCACACGGCAUGCAAUACUCCGACAGAUUUGCCAUCGACCCUCCUUUUGCACUGACCUGCUGCACCACCAUCUCCAUCUGCAUGCAAGCUGCCGUCGAUGCCUGGCUCUUCUCCACUCGAGAAAAACCAUGGCGACACAUCCCCGGCACCAACGGCGGAUUCUGGGUGAGUCUCAAAUUCUGGGCCGACUGGAGCGGGUUCCGUAAGCGGAGGAUUGUGCAAGGACCUGGCAAGACACGGGAGGAGAUGGUACGCGAAGCACGAGCUGCGUAUCGUCGGCGCGAUGAGGAGAUCUUGCAGCGCAGGAAUCAGGCGGAUUCGAACAACACGGGAAAUCGAGAGCCAGGUGCUAGGAGAGCCGAGUGGUGGGAAAGUGUUGGUGUAGAUGGGGCGAUGAGUCCUGUUCAUGAGGAGGCGAAUCCGAUGGACAGAGAUAUUGAGAGUGAAGGCGGCAUUGUGUUCAACGAGGAUGCGUUUUCUGAUGGUGCGAAUACGCUUAAGGGCUCGGACACUAAGGCAUCGAGGUACGAGGAUGAUGAGAAGGCGCCAGAGGAGACAGAUGGGAGCGGUACUACGGCUUUGGGUACACCGGUAUUAGAAUCGCCGGUCGAACAGGCGGAGUCGGAAAGGUGACAAGAAAGAGACGGAUGAGAUGGAUGAAAAACGUAUAUAAAUGUCCGGGAAAGGGGAGUUGUGCAUAGAGCGGUACACGACAUACGAUACAAUAUCAAAACGGCCAGGCUUGGACCAUGGAGGAGUCGAUGGAUGCAUGCAUAUGGGCGGCGUUUGGUGCUGGUGUUAGUGCUCUCGACCUAUCAGGGUUGCACUUGAGCUUGAUUUUGGGUUCGGUCUGUUUUGAGCGUCGAAGCUGCGUUGUCUUUGUAACGGAUGGAAUAACGGUCGGAAGCUUGAAACGACUGGUGCGUCCGCGGACCCAGUCUUGCAUUGCGUGGUUGCAUUUUACUGCAUGGAAAGGUGUUCUGAUAUCCUUUGGUUUUCACGAUACGGUCACAUUAUCGUUAUCUAGGAGGGAGAUGUGGAUCUGUACACAAGAGGGUUUGCGCUCUGAGUCGAAUAUUUUGGUGCUGGGGCUGAAUGGAGGAGUGCGCGAAAUUAUGUAGCACACUGUAGCAAGUAUAUCCAUAUUAUGUUGGAUUUGAAUGAGAGAGCCUCGAUAAUGAGUAAGGC